CGAGCGCGGCCGCGGAGGGGGGCGACGGGGAGCAGCGCGGCGGCGGCAGGCCGAGCGGAGCGGAGCGCAGCCGCCGUCUGCAGCGGGCGAGGAGCGGCCGGGGGCGCCUCGGGCAGGCGCUGAGCCGCCGCGGGGAUGAAGGACCGGCUGGCCGACCUGGCGGGGUGCAAAAGUGAAGAUGGAGAGACAGUUAUUGUUGAAAAAGACCAUUUCAUGGAUGACUUCUUCCAGCAGGUUGAAGAACUUAGAAAUAAUAUAGCAAAAAUAGCACAAAAUGUGGAAGAAGUGAAGAAGCAGCACAGCAUUAUCCUGUCAGCACCAAAUCCUGAAGGAAGAACAAAGGAAGAACUUGAAGAAUUAAAUGAAGAAAUAAAGAAGAUUGCUAAUAAAAUCCGAGCCAAGUUAAAGACUAUUGAACAAAGUUUUGAUCAGGGUGAGAAUGCUAAUCGAACAUCAGUGGACCUCAGAAUACGAAAAACACAGCACUCGGUAUUAGCUCGCAAGUUUGUGGAGGUCAUGACAGAAUACAACGAGACCCAAAUUGUUUUUCGAGAGCGCAGCAAAGGUCGGAUUCAGAGACAAUUAGAAAUAACUGGAAAGACCACCACUGAUGAGGAACUGGAAGAAAUGUUAGAGAGUGGUAAUCCUUCAAUUUUUACUUCAGAUAUUAUAUCAGACUCUCAAAUUACUAGACAAGCUCUGAAUGAAAUCGAGUCACGACACAAGGAUAUUAUGAAACUGGAGUCUAGCAUACGGGAACUACAUGAAAUGUUUAUGGACAUGGCUAUGUUUGUUGAGACUCAGGGUGAAAUGAUCAACAACAUAGAAAAGAAUGUGAUGAAUGCAUCAGAUUAUGUGGAGCAUGCUAAAGAAGAGACAAAAAAGGCAGUUAAAUAUCAGAGCAAAGCACGAAGGAAAGUGAUAUUCAUAAUUAUAUGUGUAACUGUCUUGCUUCUGAUACUUGCGAUUAUUCUAGCAACAACACUAUCAUAACAAGCACAUUCCAAGCGUUUUGAACCUUCAGAAACUCAAAAAAUUCAUCUUCAGUAAAACCAAACAUCUGUUGUAAAAGAUGCCUUAUACUGUUGCAUGAUAAUGACCUAUUCACUAAUGGCUAAAAUGAAAAGAAAAUCACUCUUAAUGUUGUUCAUAAAUGAAGAUCACAAUGAAAGAGGAUAUGUAUGGAUUUUCAUCAAAAAGUACAUUUGUAAGACUGAAACUUGUUCUUAAUUGUUUUGAACUAAAUUAAUUUCUUUAUAUCUCAGAGUUAUAAACAGUUUCAUUAGGCAGAUGAGAGACAAUAUAUUGAAUUUGGACUGUUUGGCUUUUUGCGAUUGCUAAUAUAAUUCUAAUUAGGAAUUUUAGUACCUUAUCAGUGCUGCUUUUGUUAGCACUCUUGUGAACAUUUUUAUAAGAGAUGUAGCCAUGUCUUUAAAUAUAGUAACUAUUCAGUCAACAUAUCUAAGCUUUAUACCUAAAAAUUCUUUCUGCAACAACUGCUAAAAUAUUUUAUCCUAAAAGGACUGAUUAGUUAGCUAACUAUCUACCUACUGCAUUAUUUUUUUUUUAAAAAAAGCUUCUUUCAAUUUUUUCCAUUUUUUUUGACAUGAUUAGGGUUAACUGCUUUAAAUUUUUUUUUGCCUGUAUAAUCAGGAAAAUUGUGAUGUUUUCCAGUAAAAGAAUACAAUAAUGAAGCACACAGAAUUUGAACUUUAGCAGAUAAUUUUGCAAAUAAUCCUUUUGGUGCAAAUGGAACUGAUGGAUCAGUUUAGCCUUACUGUUCAUACGAAUAUGAUAAAAAUCACACUUUUUCCUCUAUAAAGCCAAAUCAAGAUUUCAUUUUCAGAAGGCUGCUUAUGUUAGUGUGUGAAUACAGCUCACAGGGACAAAUGAACCCCCUCAGAAAACUCCCAAAUGUAAUGCAAACUAAGACACUGAUUUGUUAUUCAACUUACGAAUUAUAUAACAUAUAUGAAGUGUUUUAGUGUAUACAUAUCUGUUGUAAUGAUAGCUUGGAAGACUUAAAAUGUAACCAAAUAACUGCAUUUAAUGUUACAGGUUACUUUUGUAUUUUAUCUUCUAUGUAAAAAUGUCACUUGGAUUUUUGAUUUCUCAUUGUUUAUGGAUAUCCAUGUAGAUAUGUAGAUAUAUUUACACUAUAAGAAAAAUACAUAAAGUAUAAUAGCUGCCUUUUUAAACUGUCUAAAACUAUACUUGUCAAUGUUUCUAGAUAUUGUUUCAAUUAUAGAUAAUAUUAACUGCAAUAACUGUUAUAAAUGGUUAGAAUACUUAAACAUAUGUUUUACUGAAAGUGUCUGAGAUCAAAGUAACUCACUAAAAAUCAGUCCAUGUGAUUUUUCCUUCAUGAAGUUCAGCAAGGUUUACAAUGUGUAUUGUAUGUAUGAAUACUCCUGUUUUUGUUGCCCAAAUGCACUGUGAUUAUAUACUGGAUCUAUUGAUAUGUCAAAUAUGUCCUAAAAAAAAAAAAAAAAAAAGCUUAUUAUUUGUCUCUUGCAAGCCAGCCAUAAAGAAGGCUCUUGAAAACCAUGAGCUUUUAUAAUGAACAUAUUUCUUUACCUCUGAGUCCAGAACACUCACCAAUGGUUGUGAGAAGGUUUACAUACAAAGUAAGGGGGAUUGUUUGACUUAAUUCAUCUUAAGUAAAAUAUAUUCUAUUCUGUAGUUUUCUAGAUUUUUAUCAAUAAAUAUUAUUUAUAGAAAUAAAUUAGUUCAUGGGGAGAAAAAAUCCAUUUUGCUGCCUAAUUGCUGGUUAUCUGAAAUAGCCCCCAAAAUACAGUCAUGUUGUGUGUUCUACUUCUAAUGCAAGACUUUGCCCAAGUAGAUGAGAAAUCUGAAUAGGCCACUUGAUAAUUUUUUACUAAUUAUACCUGCCUCUGUUUGUUUUUUCACAUGAAUCUCUUGGGUUUUUUUUCUCCUCUAUUAAGAUCAGAGGGAGGAAGUCUCUAACCUAUGCAUUAAUAAAUUUAUCUAAGCAAGUGCCUUGUGACUUUUUAUAUUUAUGAUGUUAUUGUGAUGUGUAUUGAUAUUUCCAAUAAAUGUUUAAAUAAGG